CCAGACGGUGUGCACGCCUGUCUGUUUGUAGACUUUAUUUUGCAAGAGAGAAGGAUUGAGUGGUGGUGGUGGUGGAGGGGGGAAAAGGAGGCGCAGAAAUCCGCAGUGGCAAGGGGAUGUAAAGCACGCGCUGAACGCACGCACACGCGCAGUCCUACACGCAAACGCGCUCGCGCACAACCUCGCACGCAGUCACUGUUACCUGAGCCGGUCGGCUUCAUUGCCUCGUCCUUGCUGACCGGACAGGGUUUAAAACCUCAGGACUGAAUCCGUUCUUCUUUUUAUGGAAACCGAAGCGACUGGGGAAGUCGCGGUCAUGCUGCCUCCGAAGAAUUGCCUCCCGAGAAAUUACAGCUGCAUUGCCGGCUUGUUCGGGAGCCUGACUGCAAACCAGAAGAUGGACGACGGCGAGAAAACCGAAGGCGAAGAGGAAGAGGAGGAGGAGAGCGUGACCAGUGAGUGCGAGCCGUUAGAGAUGCGCGUCGUGGACGAGAGGCCGAGGGGUCGGGAAUCCCUUCCGAAGCCACCGCCGAGCCCCGGUCAGCGCCGCCGGUGCAAAUCCUUACCGAGCUCCGCGGAGAGAGCUAAACUGGAAGUGGCGCGGAUCUGCAGCCCGUCCAGCCAGAAGAAAGUGCGCUUCGCCGACUCGCUCGGUCUGGAGCUCAUCUCCGUGCGGCACUUCGACGACACCGACGUGCCUGAAACACCAGAUCGUGUCAUGGACAAGUUCAAAAAAGCAAGAGCUCUCCAUCUCAACAACUUCGAGCACUCGAACGGGUUCACGCAAUCCACCUUCGUAGAGACGCUCUUCACGACACCGGGCUCGCAGCCCGAUUUCCAGGAGCGGCUCCAAAGCUCCAAGGUUCUGCUGGAGUCCGUGGAGACGGACGAGUUCAGCAUCUCGGGGGUCGUGCGCGUGCUGAACCUGGCGUUUGAGAAGUGCGUGACUCUGAGGUACACGCUCAACAACUGGCUCACCUUCAUGGACGUUCCGGCCGCCUACGUGCCGCAGUCGAGCGACGGCGUCAGCGACAAGUUCCACUUCAAGAUCGUCACGCCGGCGUUUUUCGAGAGCAGCGGCAGCCUCCAGUUCGCCGUGCGCUACUGCGUCGGGACGGAUGAGUACUGGGACAACAACGACGGCAAGAACUACAAAGUGCGACGCCACCGAUUCAAAAUCUCGCCUCCUCGCGAAUGGGAUAACGGCUGGAUCCACUUCAUCUAGUGUGUGUGUGUGUGUGUGUGAGUGUGUGUGUGUGAUUAGAGGAGUCAUGAUCAUUUAUGGCCUGCAUUGUAUCUCUGGAGCCGGCACUGAAUCCCUCAGGGCUCCACGUAUAGUGCACUAAAUGUGUGUGUUACUGAUGUAUUCUAAAUAGGGAUGCACUUUUUUCUGUUCGAUAUCAAAGCUCAGAGUAUCAUCUGAUACUGGUCUGAUUAAAUCAGCCCACAAUAUUGCACCUAAUUGGGCUGAGCCCAGAACGGCUCAUACUGGUCAGAUAGGGCACUAGGUAGUGUGUAGGAGUCAGAGGUUUAUAAUGCACCUGCAGUUGAGUGCAAAAGUUUGCAUCGUUUAUUGGUCCCUAUUCACAAAACUCCCCUCUUCCUAUAUGGAUUUAUCUUCUAAUCGAGACUGAGACUAAUGCCGGAUGUUCACUGUGCGUCCUUCAUCAGAAUUACCAUUCCAGGUAAAAAUCUUGUCAGAAUUCCAUAACAAACUCUUCUUGUCAGAUCAUACGAUCAAUCCUCUUAAUAUAGACCUGCUUAUGCUUUUGAGAUGAACACACAUUUUUGUUUACAUCUUGUCAUCACCACUAGCGUAUCUGUAUCUGUCCCAUGAGUUUCACAUCAUCCGAUAGCAUCUUCCUAUUGGUCCCUUUCAGACCAGUGUCAUAGCAGCGCUCAAGCUCUUAGCUGUCAUCCGUCUUUGGUCUCAGUUCUACAAAAUCGACCUAUAGAUAACGUCAUGUUUUGAUUUCUUUAACUAGCCUGCAGCAUGAACCCCAGUUUAAUCCUAAUCCUAAUGCAGCGUUAUCUUUAGUAGCAAUCCCUGCAUUCCCAUUAGCCUGCUCUAAUUAAUUUAGGCCAUUUAAAUGUGCCUCAUUCGAAGUGUCUAACACAGAUUUACAUCUUGUUUAAGGCAAAAAUAAGCAAGGUGGUCUCCUAAGCAAGGUGGCUGUCAGCAGUCCAGUUGUGAGUGAGUGGGAAUGAGGAAAAAAAGCAGAAGAUUAGCAGAAAAUGGCAGAAACUGAACUGUUGGAGAUGUGAAAGUCUUCGAAGCACAUGCAAAAACCUGUGUAUAAAUGAUAAAUGUCCUAGCCUACAGCUACCUUAAAACCCUGAGAUCGGUUCAAUGCCUUAUUGUUUUCAUUAUCCAUCGACUAGGGGUAUGCAAACUUUUGCACACAAAUCAGCCACGGUAUUUGAUGUAUUUUCUAGACCGUUGUUCUAUUCUACAGAGUGAUUUCUGUGCUGAAUAACUUCCUGUUUUAGAUGAAAAGCACUGUUGUUGUGAAAGGUGAUGUGGCUUUGAGGCCUUGUGACACGUUUUGUCCAAGUACAGUCGCUCUCUUCCUCGACACCAAGCUAGAAAAUGAGUGCAGAGCUUCUGUACCUUUUAUGCAUAAUAUAUAUAUAUAUAUAUAUAUAUAUAUAUAUAUAUAUAUAUAUAUAUAUAUAUAUAUAUAUAUAUAUAUAUCAACAGUGCUUGUAAUAUAGCUGAGUAUUCACACACGCUGUCGUUUAGAAAGGGCUGAGAAGAACACGACAGGACGGGACGAGCCGGAGAUUCGCUCCAACAAACCUCGACACCGUGUCUAGUCCUAACAAGUCGAAGGAGCAGAUCUUUAACGUUCGGAGCGAUUACUAGCCCCCAAAAAUGUUCAACGCUCAACAACCUGUCCUGAAGUUUCCAUCUCAUCACGAGACGAGGUGAGGCGAGGUAAGGGAUGGUUUCGAGGGGGAAAAUGGAAUCCAGAUAGAUUUUCCAUUGAUCGGCUGUGACAGAAUUUGCUUUCCAUAUUUACGCCAUUUUUCCUUUUCCACAUCAGAGCCACAACGCUAAAAGCUCUACCUAGAACCUAGAAGCACUAAACCAAAUCCUUCUGAAAUCAUUACACACACACAGAGUUGGGUCCAAUCACUGACCUCAGAAUUAUUUUUAAAUCUCGUGCAGGUUUCAAUAUAAAUGAUUGUAGCUAUUUGAGCAUAAAAUAAUACAGAUUUUAAUUUUAUACUCAUUCAUUUUAAAAGCAAACUGAACGCUCGCUAACAGUAGCAUUAUGAAUGUAAGAUUUAGGAUUAUUUUUAGCCGAUUUUGUGUAACCGUGUAAUGAUUUCAGCUCCGGGUUUGUGCUAAUAGCAAAAAAUUCUAGGAUAUAAAUUCAAUUUUUUAAAAAUAUUCUAUUUAGUUUGCAUUAUUUCGGUCUCCUAAAACGCAAAGUGAACACAAAGGCGUUUAUAGCACAGCUAAUAUGAUUGAGUGCAAAAGAUUACACCCCCAUUUUGUUGGUUUUGUGAUGAUUAAAGAAACAUCCAGAUUGAGUCAUGGCAUCACAAGCCCUGUUUGGACGGGAUUAGUUUCGCUGCUAAAUGUUUUCACACGUCACGUUUGUGUUAACGUUUUUAUAUAAAUGAAACAGUGCACUGUGAUCAGGUUUUGUUCAGCUGACGUUUAAGUGUUAAAGGAAGUGUCACAGUGAUAAUCCGGCUCGUUCGCUUGUUGAGAGAAAUGUAAAUAAUGCAUGAUAUUGUGGUGUGUGUGUGAAUAUAAAGUGGUACCUUAUAUUAAUACAUAUACAUAUAUAUAUAUAUAUAUAUAUAUAUAUAUAUAUAUAUAUAUAUAUAUAUAUAUAUAUAUAUACCUCUUCAGUCAGCCUUCAAGGUUCAUGAUUGAUUUUUUUCUUUCUCUGGCUAAUGGACUCCUGGUGUGGGCAGCAUGGAGGGAGGGGUAAGACUCAAAGUCGUUGAUAGCCGAUUAAAAGCGAUCAGUGUUUUCGUGGUACGUGAGAUAGGUGAAUAAAUGUGGCGAGUAGUAGCUGUAGAAAAAACCAAAACAUGUCCCUGUUCUUUGGAAUAUGACAAUUUUCCCAUGAGAUGGGAAUAAAAUCACAGACUAGAACCUGGAGGUUAAAUGUAAUCCCGUCCAAAUAGGGCUCAGGAAACCUGACACCAAAUUUGUUGUUGUUUUUAGUUUAGUUUCUUUGCCCCUUUUUCAUUUUUUUGUAUGUUUUUGCACUCAAACAAAUCUUCAAUUCAUCGCUAUGUAACCCUGAGAGAAAACCCUCAAGAACUCAGAAGCAAAGCUUCAUGUUGUGAUGCGUCGUUCUUCACGUGACAGGUUUCCUCACGUUCCCGGUUUCUCUCUUUCACAUGUAUUUCGUACGAAACACAUUUAUACUGUGAGAGCCUUUCACAACAGCUGGAGUGCCUAUACCUUCAGGUUAAAUGUAAAGAGAAAAAAAAGCAGAUUUUAUUUUUAUGCAAUAGAACCAAAACUAGAUGUGUUUAUUUAUCGAGUUCACGAUAUUGAGAUAUAUAUAUAUAUAAUCAUUCCUGUCCUGGGUGUGUUUGCUUAAAGCUUGUCGCAAUAUCUUUCUUUUAAUUUUAUUUUGUUGUAAAUAUCGUGGUUUUGUGUCGUCGUCGAUGUUAAAAUCGUGUGAAAAUGUAGCAUUCAUGUAGAUUCGGCUUUAAUCUGGUCCGCUUGUGCUUUGUUUAGUUUAUUCAGAAGCCUGUUUAUGACAGUGUAACAGUCUGGUUUAUUUUCUAUGAGAAAAGAGCAUGAGGAUUCACGUGAGAUUCGAUUCGAUCCCAUUGUGAUCACGAUCAGCGGAGCUCGACGAUCACCAUUUGUCGUUCUCGCGUCAGAAGUGCAGCAGAACCUCUCGGAGGUCAUGGACACCACGUGGGCUCUUUAAAAUCAAUUUCCUGUCUAGAACUCGUUCACUGGCGCAUUAGUGGAAAAAAGAAAAAGCUUCACCUGUAUUACUCAAGAUGAUGUUUGGACAAAGUUUUAGUACGUGAUUGUGAAAGUGGACACCAGACAGAUGCUUUUUGUUUUCCAUUAUUUAAUAAUGCAUGAGCGGCUCCUCAAAAAGCACUCCUGCAUAAAGCACUCCUGCUGAGGGAGAAACCCAAAAAGAAACGAAGAGGAGGAGGAGGAGGAGGAGGAGUUAAAGCUACAGGAACAAAGUGGAUUCGUCUCCAAACUUACGGAUAGGGACUCGGUUAGAACUUUCCGAACAUUUUGGUAUGAAAUCAAACAAAAUUCAACCGGGAUCAUGGUCAUGAAAUGAUAUUGUGCCUAUAGGAAUUGAAAUCCGUGUAGAAUUAUCUAAUUAGAAAUUCCAUCUGGAAGAAAUUCAUCCCUGUUUUUGAGAUUCAGCACAUUUCAGUGCAAACAAAUUAAAAUUCUGAAAUUUCAGCAGGCGCGAGUUUAUAAACGGAUAUUAUCCAGCCGUAAAAUAGAAUUUGGAUGAUGAUUAAAAUCAAUUAAUUCGAUUAAAUUCCAAAUUGAAGUUCAAAAUGUUAAAAAUUAAGCUUUAAAAGAACAAAACAAAACAAACAAACAAUUAAAAUUCUCUAAAUAAAAAAAAAACCCACGUUUUUAAUGGUUUUUAAAGCUUUCAUCGCCUAACUAAUGGUUUUAUCAGGAACGACAAACUCUUCAUGAUCGGUUCUACACAGAACCUUUUACAGGUUUUCCCGAAAAUUCGAACUAUCCUUGGCAUUUAGUGGCACAGAUAUCAUCUCAUACAACCUCAUUUGCAAAUUUUGUACGAAUUUCACAUCAAAAAUCUCAGUUUUGUCAGGAUUGAGAACGUCUUUGACUUUAAGAAUGUCGGAAAAACGUUAGAAUUUUCUUGGUAGCUGUAUUUACGCACAGUGUGUGUGUGUGUGUGUGUGUGUGUUACCCAUAAUGCACUUUGAAGUAGUGUAGUAGAGUAUGUUCGGCUUUAACACUCCAAAACGGUAUUUAUAUUAAUUUAUUUAUUAUAUUUAGAUAUUUUGUCUUUGAUUACUUUGGACUCAGUUUAUCAACUUAAAGCUAAGCUGUGUUGAGAUUUCUUUUAGCUUGUUUAGUUUAAAAAUGGUCAAAUUUAAGUCAAAAUUAACGAAUUGCAUAAUAAUGAUAAACGGUAUUUAGCCAUAUGAACCGCGUCAUGUAGCUACUCAACAUUAUCCUGUUCAGUUUCCUUUACUAGCAUUAGGAUUUAUUUACAAAAAAAGAGCUAUCCAAGACUAUAUUAUAUAUAUAUAUAUAUGAUAUUUAUAUAGCACUAUAUUUGUGGCACAUUGAUUAAACUGGCACUUUCUCAAAACCUUCCCCAAAAAACGCCAUAGUUUCAGCAAUACACACCCCCACACACACGGAAGUGCAAUAAACCCUCAGUGCGUACGAUGCGAUUUUAUUUCCUGAUGCUAUUUGUGCUGGUGAGAGCGUCAGUGAGGUUAAAGAAGGUGUAAGUUUAACCUUCGGAAAUGUCGACGUCGUGACACGCCACGGGGGAAAUUCCGUACCGGAUUUCGCAUCGUUAUUUUGUGAAUAGAGAGAUAUGGCAUGUAAAUCCGGAUCAGGUUCGAUCUCAGACGUGUUUAGAGAUAAAAUCCCUGCUUCUGUGUAUGGAUUCUUUUUGUUUAUUUUUGUUAUUUAUAAAAUUUAGCUACUGAGGUUUUUCUUUACUGUACGUUUCCCUUCCAUGAAGUGUGUCUUCCUGUUCUUCUGGAUAAAUUAUUUUCAUGAAAAGGCUAUAUAAAACAAACCGAGACUUUAAUGACUGGCUAUAUCGAUAGUGUACAGCUGCGUAAUAAACACUGUUUCAUAGAUACAUUGUGUGAUAUAAUAACUCAGAGAUUAUUUCAGGGUGAAAAAGUCCUGAAAAAUACACAACCAGUCAAAAGAUCGGACAUACUAGAUAUCUAUAUAUAUAUUAGAUGGGUAUAAGAUAAAGAUUUAUGGUUUAAGGCAACUGUAAAUAGUAAAGAAGGAAGAAUAUAAAUAGAGUGUAUAAAAUUGUGGGCGAUUAUUAUGUAUAAAUAUUAAAAUGUAUUUUUUUAUAAAGGAGAUUUUAUUUAAAACAAAGCAGAAGAAGGUUGAGAAGGUUCUAGAGAUAGGAAUUAAAAAUAUAAAAAAUAAAAAAGUUUUAGUUUGAUGACGUUUUAAUUUAAGGUUUGGUGGGAAAUUAUUGUCUGAGCAUUUAUUCUGAUUUUUAUUUCUUUUAUUUUAUUUUGUUUUGGAUACAGAAACUGUAAACAGCUGAGAUGAAUAUUUAUUAAAAAAUGUUUUAUCAAAAGCAAAAAACAUUUUAAUAAUUUGAACUUAAAAGAACGGAAGACAAAAUACAUGGCUAAAACAAUGAGAUCGACAAAACCGCAGCUUUUAAGCAAAAACUGUGAUUUUUUUGUUUUUCACAAAAGGAUUUUUUUUUAUGUAAAUAUUUACCAUUCCAAAAAAAAUACAAUUUUAAUAAUUUGAAAACUAAAAUAUAUAAUCAUUUACAAAAUUGUCUCGAAUUAAUUCUAUUUUUUCCUCUUGAAACAAAUUUGAAAACAAAUUCAACAUUCCACUUCAACAAUUAUUUAUUUAUUUAUUUUAUUACUUAUUUUAUUCCUGAUCCAGCUGAAAUCUCCUCCUUCCAGAUGUUAAAUGUUUUUUUUUGUAAUAAGUCUGAUGUGUCGAUGUGAAGACGGAGGUCCUAAAGGUCAUUUAGUCUUAAAUUAAACAACAAUUUUUUUCAAUUAAAAUUUACACAAAAAUGAUGACAAAUUUAUGCUUAUAUUUUUAGUUUAUUACCAAACCUUAAGUUUAAAUGUUCUCUACUUGACCACUGCAUCAUCUCCUCUCCAUGGUUUUACUGUCUUCAUGAUAAUUAUUACUCUAAAGAAGAAAAUAAAAAAAGAAAAAUGAUAAAAAAAAUUGAGUCUUUUGACUGGUAGUGUGUUUUUAUACGUGUAAAUAUUUCCACUGUGGUUGUUUGUGUGUGUGUGUGUGUGUGUGUGUGUGUUUUCCUAAUGUGGUUGUAUAUCCUUGUGUAGAUUAAGAAUCUGUCUUAACUGAAUGAAUUUUGUCGGGUUCCAGUGUCCAGAAACCCAGGUGUCCAGUUGGUUGUAGCUUAAAAAAAAGAAAUACAAAAACAAAAAGCGACUCUCGGAAGAAUGUGAUAUUCAGGUUGUGGGUUAGAAAAAUGCGAAAAAUGCACGGUGAAGAAGAACGAAUAUUUUCGCUCCACACUAAGUGCACUCCAUCUUCCUGUAGUUUUUAACAAAAAGUUUUAUGUAUUUAAACGUUGUAAUCUUCACUAUUAUGCCUCUAUGUAACACUAGCAGUGGAGUGAAUUUUUCCAGAAGGCUGUACACUUCGUACCUGGAUCACAUGAUGUCGCUAACAUGUGUCACGUGACCUGCUGACAGCCAAUGAGACGCAGAUUCCACGUUACGGUACGUGACGUAUUAAGAAACAUGGAUAAAGUCUGCUUAAAGUACAUUCGGUGGCAGGAGAGAUGUAACACAGCCAUACGCCUCGGAAAAGCGCUAGAGUAUUUAUUUUUUAAUGUUAAUUUUAGAGAUAAAUAUUUAUAGGUUUAGGGCAAAAGCUUUAAAAAAAAAGCGUCUUUAGAUUCAGUUUUCUCAGUUUAUUGAUUUUAAUCUAUGCAAAGUGUCUCAGUGUAAACCACGGUGUCGACCUUUUUAUUUUAAACGAAGCCAGUAUAAAUGUCUCCUCGCUGUUGAGCAUGCCUGACAGCAGUGGGGUUUUUUUGUUUGUUUUUUUUGUAUAGUGAGUUUGUAUUGUGGUUUGUUUUUAUUGACCCAUUACAUUAAAACCAUCUGAGAUGAAAAAUACGUUUCGUCUUUUAACACUGCACACGAUCAAUAUACAAGUCUU